AUGGACGCUAUGCAGCUUGCAUUAAGGAAAGUGGAGAGAUGGUGCUGCUCGACGGGACUUUCGGUUAACCCGGAUAAAGUCGAAAUGGUGAUCUUCUCCCGCAACUACAAGUUAGAUGCCUACAGAGCGCCCAAACUCUCUGGAGUCGCCCUACAGCAUCUCACGGCCCAGUGCGAUAAAUUCCUGGUGGCUCUCUGGACAUGUCGCAGGGCAUUUGGCAGUACAUGGGGACUAAGUCCCUGGAUUAUACUGUGGCUAUACAGGGCCGUCCUGGUACCUCGUCUGCCCUACAACGCGUUGGUCUGGUGGCCAAGGGCGGAGCUGGCGGGUGCUAGGGCAGCGCUAGAGAAACUCAGAGGACAGGUGCUAAGGGGGGCGACAGGGGCCUAUAGGACCACGACUACCAAGGCACUUGGAAUCCUUGUGAAGUUGGAACCACUCCAUCUUACUAUCGUUGGGAUGGCUGCUAAGGCAGCGCACAGACUCAAUGCGUACGGACAAUGGACACAAGGCAUGAGGCACACCCGGCUCCCGGGUGGGGUGGGUCUCUUGCCGGAAUUUUCCAUCAAAACUGAAAUGAUGAUCCCGCGCUACUUCUUUGGAAGAAAAUACGGGGUCGUGAUACCGACAAGAGAAGAAUGGAAGGCCCGCAGGGACAGUCUACCAGGAACUGGGGAUGUCUGGUACACAGAUGGCUCUAUGGCAGAGACUGGCACUGGUUCGGGUCAGGCGGCACUUAGAGCACUUAUGGCUCAUAGGACGACCUCCAGACUGGUCUGGGAAUGCAAAGUGGUUGUAAAUCAGCUGACCGCUCACAACAACAAGGUCAGGCUGCUCUGGGUCCCAGGGCACACCGGGAUCAGGGGUAACGAAAUAGCAGAUAGACUUGCAGCUUUGGGAACUAAACACCCUCCAAUCGGGCCGGAGCCCUACAGAGGUGCUGCAAGGUGCCUGCUAACGGGCGAAAUCCGGGGCUGGGUUGAGAGGGAGAAUACUAAGGAAUGA